ACCCCACCCCGUGGGGCCCGUGGAGCAGAAGCUACAGUCACUUCCUGAAGGCAGCAGCCCUGGCUCAGGUCCCACUCGCCCUGUGGCCCGUCACCCGCCUGCAGCCAUGGGGAGUCAUCAGGACUUUCGGAGCCUUCAAGCAAAGUUCCAGGCCUCUCAGCCCGAGACCGGCAAACUCCCCCAAGUAUCUCCAAAGCCCGAGUUCAACAAACUCCUCAAAAAGUUUCCACAGCCUGAGCUAGGCGAGCAUCCCAAGAAGCACCCCCAGCCCGAGUUCACUGAUCUGCCCAAGAAGCCCUGCAAACUUGAGUUCAGUGAACUCUCCAAGAAGGUCCCACAGCUCAAGGCCACUCCAUUCCCCAGGAAGCCCCUGAAGCCUGAGCUCAGCCACGCCCCAAGGCCCCCCACAGGGCCCAAGUUCGGUGCAUUCCCCAGGAAGUCCCAGCAGCCUGAGUCCAAUGAGGCCACCCUGAAGCCCCCCCAGCCCAAGUUCAGUACCGUUCCCGAGAAGUCCCAGCAGCCUGAGUCCAAUGAGGCCACCCUGAAGCCCCCCCAGCCCAAGUUCAGUACCGUUCCCGAGAAGCCCCCGCAGCUUGGGGUCAGUGGUCUCCCUGAGAAGUCCCUGCCGCAGCCCGAGUCCACUGAGGUCCCCCCAAUGCCCCCUUCAAAGCCCGAGUCCAGUGAGCCCCAGCCUCACUCCUCACAGCCCAACUUCAGUACAGUCCCCGGAAAGAUGCCACAGCCUCCGCUGAGUGACCUCCCCGAGAAGCCCCCGCGGCCCGAGUGUGGUGACCUCCCCAGGACGUCCUCGGGGCCCGAGUGCAGCCUGCUCCCCAAGGAGUUUCUGCAGCCCGAGUGGCGGGGGCCGCCCUGCAAGUCCUCCCAGCCCAAGCCCAGAUCUCUGCCCAGGAAGCGCCCGCAGGCAGAGUUCUUCGGUGACCUCCCUAGAAAGCCUCCACUCCCUGGCUCCCGUUCAGAGAGCUCACUGCCCACUGCCGUUGCAGGCUCCAGCCCUAGGUUCCCACUCAGCCCAGGGUUUGGAGCCAGGCAGCAGAGAUCUGGAGCCCUCACUUGCGGUGGAGGCUCGAGGCUGGGCCUCAAACCUGGCCACCCACCCCGGCGGAGGCCUCUCCCCUCAGUCAGCAGCCUGGGCGCCCCUCCAGCCAAGCCCCCACUGCCCCCAGGCCCCAGGGACGUCCAGAGAUUUCGAAGGACCUUGGCAGCAGGCACAGCUCUGCCGAGGAGCUUUUCUGCCGGCUUCCUGGCUCGACAGCCUGAAGACACCCCACAGGACCCAGAUGAGGCCUACAAGCUGUACGAGGACGUGGAGCCCACAGACGACUCCAGACCCAGCCCCAAAGGCAGAGAUGAAGUGCUGUCUACCCAGCAACCCCCCAGGAGGCCACCACAAGACCAAGAGCCCAGGAAGGAGAAGGGCCCCCAGCCACAGCAGUUGCCGCCCACGGACCUGAAGUCUCUGAAGCAGAUCCGGAAGGCAGAGAAAGCUGAGCAGGAGUUCCGGAAGAAGUUCAAGUUUGAGGGGGAGAUUGUGAUUCAGACAAGGAUGAUGAUUGACCCCAACGCCAAGACCCGUCGCGGGGGUGGCAAGCACCUGGCGCUUCGGCGUGGGGAGAUCCUGGAGGUGAUAGAGUUCACCAGCAAGGAGGAGAUGCUGUGCCGGGACACCAAGGGCAAGUAUGGCUAUGUACCCAGAACAGCUCUACUGCCCCUGGAAACAGAGGUGUAUGACGACGUCGGUUCCUGGGGUAUGUAUGGGGAUGCUCCGGGUGGACUGGAAGGGACUACAGUGUCUUGGGAGGGGGUAAGGUCCCAUCCCACUCCACCAGGGGCUGCUGGCUACCUGCUUAUGGGGCAAGGGUCACUGGAAGUCACCCCUCCUCGGCAGAUCCUCUGGAUAACCAACCAUUCCCCGGGGGACGAUAAGGCCUACAGGGGUGGGGACCCAGGACAACCCACCAAUCCAGCCACCUCUUAACCGAAGGAGCCCUGGAUCCCAGUUUGGCCGUCACAGAACUGCCCAGGCUCCUGUCUGACCACGGACACAGACCACAUAAAGCCCCUCUUUUAAAGCAA